UAUUCAACUAGAGGUAGCAGGUUCAGGGGAGGAUGGGGAUGUGUGGAUAACCUUUAUGUAUGCCAACACUAAUAAGAGAGAAAGAAUACAACAAUGUAGUUGGAGUAGUAGAUGGAUCUUGGGGGGGAGGGGGGCUGGAAUGAGAUUUGUGAUGCUAGUGAGAAAAGUAGGGAAUCUCAGAAAGAAUGUGAGAAGGUUUUUCUUUGACGAGAGAUGGUUUAGAAGAGAAAGGGUUAGAGAAGUUAUGCAACAAGGGUGGUCCAUUGAACAAUCAGACACUCCAAUGUAUCAGGUUUCCGAGAAUAUUAAGGCAACCAGAGUGGCCUUACUGAAAUGGAAAGCUAAACUCUUGCACCUUAUCCCAGAGACAACAACAGCUGACAUGAACUCAACCGUUACAGCCUCAGUUACAAAAGAAGAAAUCAAAUCAGCACUAUUUAGCUUUGAUCCUGGAAAAGCACCUGGCCAAUAUGCUCUCCUUAGCUUUUUUUUAAUCGAGUUAACUCCUGAAGAGCUGGAAUCA